AUGGCCAGUCGGCUGUGUGGCUGCCUUGAAAGCACAAAGCCAAGCAUAGCCCAACAGUGCGACGCGAAGCGCACAGCUGCUGCGGCGACAAAGGCGAGCAGCGCCAAAGAGCCGCCACAACCAGUGCGGCCGCCACUGCUUGGCACCAACAUUGAAAUCAAUUCAAUCAACCAACCAAAAAAAAAAAACUAUGUGUGUUUGUUUUUUUCUUUUUUUUCUCGUUUGUUCAUUGUGCAUUUUCAGGGUGGCUACUUAGAUGGACUACGUUCACAUUUGGGUGGUUUAACACAACGUGUCAAAUCAUGGUAUUGGGGACGGCCUCUUGAGUUGGCCACAAAACUCUCGAGAAGUUUCGAUAUGAAGGAGGAGGGAGGCACACUGUUGGGCGACAAAGGUGUACGCAGACAUCAGUCCAUGCAACGCCUUUCGGCCGAGCAAAAUGGUUCAACGACUGAACAAACACAUGAACACAAUCCAAACGUCGUACCUGAUCAUAGAGGCAACUUACACAUUACUGUUAAGAAAACUAAACCAAUUUUAGGUAUUGCUAUCGAAGGUGGUGCUAACACAAAACAUCCGCUUCCAAGGAUAAUCAAUAUCCAUGAAAACGGUGCAGCAUACGAAGCGGGCGGCCUCGAAGUCGGGCAACUUAUACUGGAGGUGGACGGCAACAAAGUCGAGGGUCUACAUCACCAGGAGGUUGCCCGCCUGAUAGCCGAAUGCUUUUCGAAUCGCGAAAAGGCCGACAUAACCUUCUUAGUUGUCGAAGCGAAAAAAUCGAAUCUGGAACCAAAACCAACAGCGCUUAUAUUUUUAGAAGCCUAACAUUUGCUUGCCCUGCCGGCUAAUGAGGACCCACUGGAACGACAAAAGCUCGAGUUCCUAUUCGAAUGGGGUAUCGAUUUAACGACAACGCCAAAA